AUUGCCAUUUGCCAAAAAAACAAAAACUCGCGUCGGCUACCAUCUUGUAUUUGUGUUAAGCGAAUUAGAAAAUAAUCAUAUUUAGUGUUUAAAAGUGCUUAAAAAUUAUAUCAAAUAAUCCAUUUUACUCCUUGAGAGUAAAAAUACCUACUACCUAUAUAUAAAAGUGCGUCAAAUAAAAAAAUAACCUAACAAGACCAUAAAAUUGUUGUAAAGUAAAACUCGUGUGAAUUUACAAUAAUGGUUCGUGGAAAUGGUCGUGGAGGUCGAGGAAUGGGUGUUCGCGGUGGUAUGGGUCGGCCACCCUUUAACCGACCCCGUGUACUAAUGCUGCGACCUCCUUUUGACUUGAUAUUGGCUGAACCGGCGUUCCCAAGAUGCAAGCCUGCCCCAGACGAUUCUGCCCUAACCCAAGCUCUUUUGAAAAGACAUGCAGAACUAUGUCCGACACCCGCAGAGCAGUCUGCAGUCCUAAGCUUAGUCACAAAACUGCAAACUGUUCUGGACAAUCUCGUCGUCGCUCCUGGAGACUUUGCGGCAUGCCAACUGGAAGAGGUUCGUCAAGUGGGAUCUUACAAGAAGGGUACGAUGAUGGCCGGGAAGAACGUCGCUGAUAUAGUGGUCAUCAUGAAGACUCUACCUACCAAGGAAGCUGUGGAAGGAUUGUCCAAUAAGGUUAACGAAGAACUUAACAAGUUGAUGCGAGCUGAGACCCCAAGCACUUCAGUCACCAGCGCGUGCCACGAGCGUGGGUUCACGGUGACGGGCCCCAGCGCCGCUGUCAGGGUGCUGGUCACCACGCUGCAUCAGAACCUGAGGAAAUUGGAGCCUGAGGUCCACCUUGACUACAAAGUAAUUAGCAGCCAUCUGGCCGCGAUCCGCCACAGCCGAUGGUUCGAGGAAAACGCUCAUCAUUCUUCUAUCAAGGUCCUGAUUCGUCUCCUUCGUGAUAUGUGUGCGCGACACUCCGGCCUGGAACCGCUGACUCCCUGGAUGAUAGACUUGCUAGCUCACCACUGCAUCAUGAACAACCCAGCGCGACAGGCCUUACCUAUUAACGUGGCGUUCAGACGCGCGCUGUCCCUGCUGGCGGGCGGGCUGUUCCUGCCGGGCUGCGCGGGGCUGGCCGACCCGUGCGAGGCGGCCCACGCGCGCGCCCACACGGCGCUCGACCUCGCCGCGCAGGACCUCGCCGCCGCCACCGCGCAGACGUUACUUAGAGUGGUAGCUCGAGGUGGUCACCGCUACGUCUUAGGGCUCCAAGCUUUCGAAGGUGGCAAGGACAUAUCGACAGAGAUCACUGUAUGGGAUGGUGUGGUCGUCUCCCCCCUUGCUCCAGCUUACCAGGAGACUCCAGAACCGAUGGAUACUGACGAUAAGGAAGAAGACGUCACCGAUGGCGUGGCUGCUUAGGUUAAUUAAUUUAAUAUUAAGUUAUAUUAUGUUUAAAAACUUUGGACAGAUCUUUAAUUAAAGCAAUACCUAC